AUGAGGCUUUAUUGGCAUGAAAGUUUCAAAAACAAUGUUGCAUCAAUUUAGCAUCAAAAUACAAUUAGUCCAAAUAUUUGGACAAUACACAAAAACAGUUAUAUGAAUAUUAACACAGCAUUAAGAUUAUUUUAGUCACUCUGUUGAAUGUUUGAAUGCUGUGUUUCUUUUUUGGUAAUAAGACAAUGGAGUUUAUUUUGAAAACCUACACCGGAAGUCCAUUUGUUUAUUCAGACUAGCUGACGGUGUGCUACAUUGUUCAGCUCUCUCCGUGGUGUAAGAAGCGAUGUAUUCAGGAAUAUGUCUCUGUGCGAAGUGACAUUGUUACAAGAGACUGUCUCGGGAAGCGGUUCAGUUUGUGUCGUCGUUGAAAAGCGUCGCAUGUUGAUCGUUUCCUCCUUCUUAUGCUAACCUGCGCUAACAAGAGAUGCUGCUGAUGCUGCUGACUUCAUCACAGUGUACUCAGAUGUCUUCUGCUCAACGAUCAGUCCAAGUAUGAUGCCUGCCUGAGGGAAUAUAAUGGAUAACAGCAAACCAAGUCGUGUGUGUCGGCCCCAGCGGAUCAGUGAAUCGUCCAAGGUGUUCCGCUGGGUGGAUCAAGCUGUGGAGGUGUUACAGGGCCUCAACGAGCAGCGGCAGCACAGCCAGUUCUGUGAUGUGGUGCUGGUGGCUGACAACCAGCGGGUCCCUGCUCACAGAGCCCUGCUGGCCGUCUCCAGCCCAUACUUCCACGCGAUGUUCACCUUGGGCAUGAGGGAGGAACGCCAGGAGGAGGUGGAGCUGGUUGGGAUGUCCUACAUCGGUCUGAACGCUGUAGUGGACUUCCUGUACAGCGGGGAGCUGCCGUUAGAUGGAGGAAACAUUGACUAUGUGCUGGAAGCUGCCCACCUUCUGCAGGUGUGGCGAGUGGUGGAUUUCUGCUGCCAGUACCUGGAGAGGGAGGUGAGUGAGGACAACUACCUGUACCUGCAGGAGCUGGCUCUGCUCUACAGUCUGGAGCGACUCGACACCUUCAUUGACCAAUUCAUCCUCACACGCUUCGCUACGCUCUCCUUCACCCUCGAUUUCCUUCACAACACUCCUUUACACAAGCUCACAUCCUACCUCUCCAGUGGCCAGGUUCAGCAUGACAGCGAGCAGGCACUUCUCCAGGCCGCCCUGCAGUGGCUCAGUGAGACUCCUGAGCGGACUGCCCACGCCAGACAGCUCCUCUCCCACAUCCGCUUCCCUCUGAUGCCAGCGGGGGACCUAGUGGACCAAGUGCUGCCGGCGGUGCGGGCCCUGCUUACGGAGGAGGCCGGCUGCGAGGCCCUGGUGGAGGAAGCUCUGGGGUACCACGCCAGGCCCAGCGCCCAGCCGCUCCUGCAAACAAGACGCACCACGCUGAGGGGAGGUUCAGAGCGGCUGCUGCUGAUUGGAGGAGAGGUACAUGUGUCAGAGCGUGGAGAGGAGCUGAGCGCCAAUGUUUGCCGGCUGGACGGUGAAACGGGAAGCUGGGCGGUAGAAACUGAGCUGCCGGCCCAGCGGAGCCACCACUGCCUGGCAGUGCUGGGGGGCUUCAUCUUCGCUGCUGGCGGCAGCUCGUCCAGGGACAACGGCGGAGACGCCGCCUGUAACCUGCUGUACAGAUACGACCCCCGCCACAACCAGUGGACCAGGGGUGCUCCAAUGAACGAGCGGCGAGUGGAUUUUUACCUGGGGACGGUGGGAGAUUGCCUGAUCGCCGUGGGUGGGAGGAAUGACACCGGAGCGCUGUCCUCUGUGGAGGUUUACUGUCCCGCUGAGGACUGCUGGUCCUACGUUGCAGGACUGCCCAGGUUUACUUAUGGCCAUGCUGGGACGGUCCACCGUGGUGUAGUCUACAUCUCAGGUGGUCACGACUAUCAGAUCGGCCCAUACCGCCGGGAUGUCCUGAGUUAUGAUCCAUCACGGGACAGUGAAGUGUGGGUGGAACGCCAGGCCAUGUCUCAGGCCCGGGGCUGGCAUUGCAUGGCCUCCCUCAACCACCUCAUCUACGCCAUCGGGGGCAGCGACGACCACGAGGACACCACAGAGCGCUUCGACAUCCUGCAGGUGGAAUCUUACGACCCGCGCAGCGGCCAAUGGACCCGGGUGGCAAAGCUGCUGCUGCCAGCCAGCGAGGCUGGGCUCGCAGUCUGGGCAGGGAGGAUCUACGUGCUCGGGGGCUACAGCUGGGAGAGCAUGGCGUUCUCCAGAGCCACUCAGGUGUACGACCCUGACAAGGACUCGUGGUCCAGAGGACCCGACCUGCCGAAAUGCAUCGCAGGGGCCUCGGCGUGUGUGUGCACUGUGAAGCCCUCAGCAUCAUCACCCUCUCCGGAGAAGAAGAAGAUGGGACAAGGGAUAAAAGGAAGAUUACACCUGUCGUAACAACAGUGAUGAAGGACUUUCUCUAAGGCCUGACUUUUGGCUGAGACGGAGCCUGAUGCAUAUUUCUGAUACAAAAUCUUUAAUAGAAGAUACAUAUUUUGCGAUGUCCCUUACACGGGUAUCAGAAACAUUUUCUCACAAGCUCGAGGGCACUGCAGCAUCACAAAGAGAGAGAUAAUGGUAACUGACACUGAUUAGUUAGGGGAUUGGGGAAAAAAGAAUUCACUCUGCUUUCAUUUGUGGAACAUCUCCUACAAGACCUGUAGUUGAGUAACAUACUGUAUGCCGGAGCAUUAACACUGAACAGACACACUACCUGACCACGCAGGAUCACAUUACCCAAAACAAAUCUGUAAAGUCCCUCAUAAUUCCUCAUUCAGCUCCAAAGUCAGUCUGCUUUGCAGGACUAAGAGUGGUGCAAUUGACAUCGUCUAAAAGAAACAUUGUAACCGCUGCCUCUGGAGUACAGAUGGAUUUAAAUGAUUGUUUAUGUGUUAUUUUAUAAAUUUAUGGACAGAUUUAAAGUGAUCCGCAGACUGAAAAGCCUCGCCUGUACUCUGUUAGACACCAAAGUAGGGAUGCACCGGUACCGGAUCGCGUAUCGGUGACAAUUGGGCCGAUCUAUUCAAUUCAAUUUUAUGUUUAUAUACUAUAUAU